AUGUUUUUGGAAUCCUUAGCCACAGCCGGACUCCUCCUGGACAAAGGCGAACUGGAGCCCAACCCAGUAUCAGACUUCACCACCAUACUCCAUCUCGACUUGAAGACCCCCAAUAUGUUCGUCGGAGCCAAUACCUCAGACCGCUUCCGUGGGUACCCAUUGCCCAAGAUGGGUGACUUCGGCCUAUGCUGGACCCCAGCCAACGGCCCUCACGGCCUGAAGAACCAGAAAUGCUGCGGUACUCCGUUCAACAAACCACCCGAGCAGCACCUCGCUGGAAAGGACGAUAGUAUGCUGGCAAUGGACUCCAAGACCAAUGUCUGGGGUGUGGGAAAUCUAAUGUGGAGCCUCAUCGAGCAAGAAGUCGGCGACCAUCGUGCUAAAUGGGAGACGACUGAGCCCCUCAACGACUACGAUCCUGAUAGGCUCGACGUGCCACAAUCCAGAGACCUGUCGAUGACUCGCUAUAGCGUCUACCUUCGUGGACUCAUCCAGAUAUGUCUUUCGUACAACUCCGCUCAGCGCCCCGACUUCGAAGACGUCUUGCGCACCAUCCGACUGCAUUAUGACGCCAAUCCAGUAUUACGCAAUUUACUAGGCCGCGGUGAGGAUGAUCCGGCCUUUAAACCGGACUCGGCGAACUCGAUCAAGGCGUUCAUGAAGACAGGCGAGACGUGGAAGUGGGCCAGACUCGGCGCUCCUUUGGACGAUGCACCUAAGCCCAAGGCAGCUGGUGGUCGGCGUGACUUGCCGCGUGUGCCGCCGUUGCGGUUCGAUCAUGAUGGUGGUGAUCACGAUCAGCCACCGGGAGGGGUUCCUGGUCCAGGUAUAAAAGCCUUACGACCACAGAGAAGGCCACGACCACAGCCGUCGGCUACUUCCACCUACAGGUCCUCCACCGGCGAUGGGCGGAGGAGAAGAACUGCAAGGCCCGAUGGAGCGGCUUCGACGGGCGAUGGGCGAAGGAAAGGCACUGCGGGAUCUGGCGGGGCGGCAGUGCCGCCUCCUAUCGGCCAGGACGCUGUUCCAACGACCACCCGUCCGGGUUCCCAGAGGCCCGCGGGCGCGGGAGCUGGUGCAACAAGUACAGUUGCUGUGCCUAAGAAGGCUGUUUUGAAGCUCAAAAACACACGCCCACCACCUACUGGACCGCGCGAAUCGGUAUCAGCUGAGCCUAGCGCGGAGGAAGCGGACGCAAUUGUCCCUCCUGCCCAGCACCCCGCAGUGCAAGAAUGCAGAUGUCGAUGCAAGCAGAAGGCCAGUUGUCUGCACAGGUGCUGCAAACGCCACCUAGACGGGUAUGUGAGAGGAGGGAGUCAGCAGAUGGUAGAUGACGUCAAGGAAGGGAAGAAAGCCCUGGCUGGUAAGACGGGAGGAAAGAGCGCAGGUAAAACUGCUGCCAAAAAGACAAUUCUUGGCAAGAGGACUGUCGGAAGCAAGACUGACGACUCUCGUGGCGAAGCGGACGGUGCUGAGCCUGGUGAAGAGUAUCUGGAAGUGGAAGGCGAUGGCGCUACGACUGUAUGGGCGGUGGUAGGAUCUCGUAAGCGUAAGCCAGCACCUGAUGUUGCGGGCCCUGCGAGAAGGAAGAUGCCAAGGCGUGGAUGA